AUGAUGUUUGCUAUUAUUACCGUAUUAUUGUUGCUCCUUUCUUUCUCCACCGCCGACAACCCCAUCACCAUCAAAUCCUUCUCACUUUUUCUUCAGCAACGCCAAUGCGUCCAACUUUGUCUUUGGCAACCAGUUACGAGCUCGAGAGAUGUGGCAGUCGGUAUCGGGUGCGCCGAACCAUGGGUUAACGAAUGCUUCUGCCAGAGGGAGCUGGCCGGCAAGGCCUCCACGUUCAUCUCCAACUGCGUAGCCAGUCGAUGCGGGAGUCCACAGGAGAUUGCUCCCUCGAGCGGCCCUGUUGCUAGUGGUUUGAGUGUUUACAACUCCUACUGCCAGGAAAACGGGCUGCCUAUACCAACCGUCGCGUCGAUCUGGAGCUUUGAUGCGUACAGUGCCCUGCCGCAGUGCGGCCGUCUGUGCUUCUGGCGUGCAAAUAGGGACACUUAUGAUUUAAUGCCACAAAUGGGGUGUGGGGAACCUUGGGACAAUGGGUGUUUGUGUGAUAGGGAGAACAACGAAGAGAGAAUAACAAGGGGGAAAGCUUUCAUGACCGAGUGUAUAGCUAGCCGGUGCGGGACAAGCCAAGAUGGAAUCUUGACUGAGGCAUUGAGGGCAUGGGGGGAUUAUUGUGGGAGUGCUGGGUUGUCGUUGGUGGCCAUCACUGAGGGAGCCACCGUUGAUUCAUCAGUGACAACCACAAGCAUCGCUGUUGGACCCUCCCAGACAGACAUCCAAACCGGAGAACCCGAAACAGGCCAAAUCUCUACUGGAGCGAUUGUUGGAAUAGUUGUGGGGGGUGUUGCAACUGUCGCUGCUGUUGUGAUCGCUGCGGCGCUGAUCAUGUACAGAAAACGGCAGAACAAGGCAAACACGGACAGAUACGGCGCGGUAGAAAACCUGUCACCUCCGCAGAAUGACAACAAUCAAGUUGGGGGGCCGAGAAUAAUGCACGAAAAACCGGCCGAGCCAGAGGUUGCAGAGGUCGCGGGCGCAAGACAUGAACUAUGGAAUCGAGAUGUGCACCGGCGCACCUUGGAGCUACCGGCAUAA